CAUACUAACGGCCGCUGUCAAAAAAAAAAAAAAAAAAAUUCCAGCAGUUUGUAAAUUUCUUCCCAAGAUGGCGGAGCUGCGAGUGCGAGAGGAGCUGAGGUCGGCAACCCCUAACAGGAAGCUGAACAGCUCUUUUGGAGAACCUUCAUUUGGUUCCUCCAGCAAAGAUGAACAACAGCUCCUGGCAGUGCCAUUUUGUGGAAGUAUUCGAGGUGGGAUGCGACCUGGGAAAAAAAUCACCAUCAUGGGCAUCGUGGAUCCAGAACCAGAUGGUUUUGACAUCAGCCUGACGUGCGGGUGUGACGACGUGGCGCUGGAGGUCAGCGCGAGGUUCGAGGAUCGUCAGCUGCUCAGGAACGCACACGUGUCGGGCUCGUGGGGAGAGGAGGAGACGGCCAUCCCAUUCUUCCCGUUCCUCGCAGGACAGCCGUUCAGGCUGGAGAUUCACUGCGAGCACCAGAGGUUCCGGGUGUUCGUGGACGGACAGCCGCUGUUCGAUUUCUAUCACCGCGUGCGCUCGCUGAUGUCCAUCGACACCAUCCAGAUCAGCGGCAGCCUGAGCAUCACCAAACUGAACUGAGUUGGAGACGAUCAGCGGCUCCCGCCAGCCGUACUCUGUGUGUCUCUUAACACGGAGCUGAACUGGACCUCUGGUUUAUAAGACUGAAGAAGAACGGGUCUGCAAACACAGAACUCGAUCGUAAGAGACCAAUUUCACAGUCUUAAUGGCACGUGAAAGGACUGGAAUUAUCACUGUCCUCUCAUUGCCGUGUUCGAACUUAUGAAGUUGCAGCUGUUAAUAUGAAUCGCUUGAACACACACCGGCACGGGUAACUGUAGUUAAUCUAGCUUAUUAUUUUAUUAUUAUUAUUAUUAUUAUUAUUAUUUUUUAAUAAAGGCGUUUUAUAAUCCUUAGCGCUCAAGGCUGACACGGAAGAGAGCAGGAUUGUAGGUGUUAGCGUGGUGGAGAAAACAUCGGGACUGGGUGUUUAACGCAUCGUUCUCCGGACUGCCCUUAACUCGCCGAUAACAGACUGCGGUAAAUCCCACCGAUGUGCUAGUGGAAUUUAGCGUCGUCAUGGAAACAAGCGCUCUUUAUAAAGUGAAUAUUAGUUUAAGCUCGACAGAAGGAUUAAGAUCAGGACUGAAUCACAGCAACACUAACGCUGAACUACACUACAGCAGUACACCAGCAGGGGGCGCAGUUUGUAAUGUUUAGCGAAGGUCAGCUGCAAAGGAGUGAAAACUUUGAGGGAUUUCUUUUCCCAUUAGCUCAUCCCACCCUGUUUGUUAAAAGUAAAUAUCCCUCGUGGUUUUUUUUUUUUUUUUUUUUUGGGAAAAUGGGUGGGUCUGAGCUAAUUUCUGGUCCAGAAAUGUGUAAACAAAAACCCGAAAUGAGGAAACUACAGCAGAAACCACCGCAUGGUAAUAUGUGAGAACACGUUUUUCUUUUUUUUUUCCUAAAGUGCCUUUGAAGUUUUACGACUGUUAGAGACCUAGAACCAUGUUUCAAUGUUACAAACUGCACCUUUAAAAGAAGAAUUUGUCCAGAACUAAAAUCUAUACCAGUUUUAUUCCUUUACCCUGAAUAUAAUCGAUCAGCCAAGCUAUGUUUAGGAUUAUAUAUAUUUUUUUAUUAUUAUUUAGAUUUGCACUCAAGCUAUGAGGCUAAUGUUGAUUAAGGAUGGCCACCGGUUUUGUCAUCAUGAACAAAGUUGCACAUGGCUGCUUUAAAACCAUCUGCUUAGAGUCUUAAAAGUCAGGUGUUCUGACAGAUACGUCAGCGAAUCUCAACAGUGAUGUUGUGUAACUGGAAUUAAAUACAUGUAUACAAUCAGAGCAAAAAAAAAAAAGAGAGGAAAUGUUGUUUUAAAAUGUUCAGACGUGUUGGAAUAACCUCGUCCAGAGCACGGUGAGUUUUCAAGCCUGAAAUCAAUAACGCAGGUUUCUAAUAAUACGAGUAGAAGCUCAGGAACACAGCAGAGGCUGAUGUAAACGUGGAACUGUGUGGAACUAAACAAUUGUAAUUAAUAUAUGCCUGUGUUUUGUUAGACAUUCCAAUUAUAGACUAUAGAAGUGUAUAUGAGGAAAAUAUUGAUAUAAUGAAGGCAUUUCAUUGUAAAGCGUUUUGUUUUUUAAAAAAGAAAAUACUUCUGUUGUCAUUUUGGUUUAUUUCAUAAUCACUAAUCAAUUAAAGCCUUCUCAUCA